AUGGCUGAGCAUCCGGCAUUCACACUAGCGGGCCUGUUGGCUGGCGGCGGCACCUUCGGCUUCUACCGCACGCGUUCCAAGCCGUCUCUCAUUGCAGGCCUGACUCUCGGCGCCAGCUUUGCCUGCGCAGGUCAGGCUUCCCUCUCCCCCGCCCAUGCGGCAUGGAACCGCAAUUCUGCUUGCCGGAACCCUCCCCCGCCCCCUGCUGACCGGAACCUCGUAGGAUAUCUCCUCAAGAAGAACAAGGACUACGGCGCCGAGCUUGCGUUGGGUAGCAGCGUCGUCCUGCUGGGAGCCGGCGCCCAGAGGCUGGUUGCCACGCAAGCCAAGUCGCGCCCGGCCAUCGGCCUUAGCAUCGCCGGCGCGCUGUCGACGUACUACUACCAGAAGAAGUUCAGAGAAUUCCGCUUCGGUGUCUGA